GCCUGGCGCUGGCUUGCAAAAUGUUGCUGGUCCCAGCUGCUUGCUUCGGUGGUUUAUUUUUGUGCGUUCUGAUGUAAUAAAGUGGCAAUACGAAACCGACGAAACGUCCGCACACUUGAUGGAACUUAAACCUUGCGUCGGACUUAAUGGAAGACGGACAACCGUUCAGUAACCUUCUGUGCGAACUGAAGGCACUCUGGAAGGAGGCAGGCUUUACGGAAAAUGAGAAAUCAUUCCAGUCGGCUUUCAAGAGUGACAUCCCGCGCAGGACACUCCAUCACUGCCGAUCGGUCGAAGACCUGAUGAACACGUUGCUGGACCAGGAGCUUGUGACGGCGUUUCAUCUGGAAAAGUUGAAAGCAAUUGCCGAAUUGCUCCGCUGUGAGGAAGGAACGAGACUCAUAGCCUUGUACGAAAAGUUGCGUAUGCCAGAGGAGCAGGGAAGUGCCGAAGGGAACGGGUGUUCGUCGUGCCUAGUCUCAGGUCCCAGUUAUCCAGGUGACAGAGGACAUGGCCUCCCAAGUCUGACCAUUGUUCACCAACCCACAAAAAGGGAGAUUGAAGCCUACGCAGGAAUCCUGUACAUAUCAGAAUAUCACGCGUCAUACUGGAGAUGUCUGGUACGCGAAUUGCCGCCUGGGCUGCAGGUCCCAGAGAGGGAUAUCUUGGCCCUCGGAAAACAAAAGUGCGUGCUGCCCAAAGAAGGACAGUGCGGCAACAGGUGCACCUGCUUACGGGUACUCCUGUUGUGGAGAGAGUGUCACACGGACAGCGCCACACUCAAAGUGAUCAUCAACGCUGCAAGGUCGUCGGAGAAUGCGAAACUUAAAGAGAUUGCAAACGUACUAAGCAGCGGCAGCUACAUGAAAUAUUGCGUUAACUCCCAGUGUAUAGUAAUCGCGUGUGGAAUGCGGUCAUGUAAGCAAUAUAAGGAUGUGUACACAGUAGAAAUGUUGGCAAAUCACCUGGCGAAAGAGGUGACCGGUUAAACGCCGACAGAAAGUGUGUCAAAUUGAGUGCAGUAUUGCGGAUAUGAAUGGAGGUUCUUAGAUAGGUAUUGUGAAUCCUUGAAGGUAACUAGAGAAUAUACUGGCACUAAUACAACACACAGCCAAACUUCCAAGUGAUUUAAUGAAAGAUCAUGCACAUUAUCAGCUCACGCACCAAUGACCACCAAUGACCGGUUACAUACUGUAUACAGCAAGUUUCGUGAGCUGGUAAUGUGCAUGAUCUUUCGUUAAACCAGUUGGAAGUUUGGCGUCCUAGUACCUGUCUCGUCUGUGUGUUGUAUUCGUGCCGGUUUACUCUCUCGUCAUGUACCAACUACCCCAAGUGUCCACGUCUUUAGAAAGUAACCUAAACAUCUUUUACAGUGUUGUUUAAUAUGUUAAAGGGGCACAAAAAUGCAAAAACAACUUCACUUCAAAUCACGUUCCACGCUAUGUUAAUUUCAUACUUGUUAUCUUAAUUCAAAACUUUGAUUCCGGUACACAGCUACAAUCGAAAUUAUACCGUGUUCUUUCCUGCUUCGGCGCUAAGCAGUGAACGUUGUUUCAGCUCGUGCAUCUGUGUUUUAGUUCAUGCCCCCCCCCCAAAGUACAAGUACAAAGCAAGUACAAGUACAAAGCUGGGACCGCCCCUGUUUCAAAGCCUCCUUUAACCAGCAGAGCAGGCUACAGUAGUAUGCCACAUUAACUGUUCCUCCUUUCUAGAGAUAGUCAGUCAUCAAGACACCUUCCUUGUCGCAGAAAACUGUGGGCCAUGACCUUUCCCACAGAUCGUCAAGUCAUUAACUUCUGCGGCCUCGGAGAACCCAAGGGUCGCCGUUCUAUGGAUUGUUGUUUUGUCUCGGGAUCAUGGUGAUGCAGCUGUAACAAGUCACUCAAGAAAGGUCUUACUAGAUUGCUCAAAAUACUGCAAAACCAACAUGGAGGCAUCCAUCCAGCGUUGUUUCUCAUCGGCAUCGAAACGUUUCAGCACCCGCUUGGCUGACAGCUCCUGCAUACCCACCUCUUCAUGAAUAGAACCUGAAGUUUUCGGGAAAAAUGUUUUUCCAAAUUCGGAGGGUAAAAUUUUGCGAAAUAAACGUGUGCUCUAAAUUGAUGUGAAUUCGGGUGAAAAAAAAAACUUUCGGUGUACUAAAUUUUGGGAGAAAUUGGGCCCUAUUACUCUAACGAACUGUACCGGUUUGGGACAAACCGUGAUGUAACUGUGUUCGCUGCCAAACAAGCUAGUGUGCAUUGCUACAGACGUUACAUUGAGUGUAAUUUGCUGGGUAAGAAUUGGGUUUCACCCUAAGGAGGCCACCUUCAAUUUAGGGUGCAAAUUCGGGGAAGAAUCGAGUUAAACCCUGAAACUUCAGGCUCUAUUCAUGAAUUACAAAGCCAACGCAUUUUCUGGAUAUGCCCAAGGUUUCCACAAUAGACGACGUCAGAAAAUCCCAGUGCUCUUUGCGCACGCAUUGCAUCCUGGGCGCUUGCUGAGCGGGGUAACGAAGAAUAAUCCUUCACAUUUCGCAUUACCUUGACACGUCCUCGACUAUGGACCGGUAGGGAAGAAAUCUGAACAGUUUGGAGGCAACCCGUUUUCUUUCGUAUUAGUAAACUCCCACAGUUCAAAGUGGCGCUAAGCACUCCGGGAUUUUCUAAACUCGUCUGUUGGUUUAGCCGAGAUUCGUUAAGUCUUUGAAAAUGUCUCUGCGUCUUUAUCCCCAUGCUGAGAGCUGGCACACCACUUCUUCACGGUUAAGCCUAACAUGGACACUUAUAACUUAAUGUUAGCGUCAUGGAGUCGCAGACUUCCCGCUGAGCUUUCUCCUGCACGAAUGGGGACUUCAUGACAGCCGAAGUUCAACCUUUUGAAAAUUUAACGCUUGUAGUAGGUUUGGUUCUUAUGCUACAAACCUACAAUUUCUCUUCUUCGUGUUAAUAUAUCUGAAAGUGCCACUUGUGCCAAGAACUUUUCAGUACACUCUCGUACAACAAAUAGCAGACUAAACUUGCCAAGCAGAGUCUUCUGUCAAAUUGGCCUAAUUCGUGUUGUUCACACUUUAUUUAUUAUUUCCUUUUAUUUAUGCAACACUGCAGGCUCCAUGGUGCUCUGGCUGGAGUAUUUCACUGUACAGAUAACGAGGAAAAAUUAUGACACAUAUAUGUAAACCCUAAUUACAAACAUAGGAUAACAACAGGUUAUAAGGUAUGCAGUGAAACGGCGAUUUCAACGCAUUGAAUCUUUUUUCGAAUAUCUUGUUCAAAUCAUUGCCAGUUUUCACAAAAGAGUUGUUCUUGAAUUUGUUUGUACAAACACAUGUUGAUGAUAAAUUAUGUUCAUGUUUGUGUCUAUCUAGUUUAUAUCUCUUGUUGGGAUGAAUGCCUGAUUUGAAGUAUAAAGCAAUUAAGCGCAUAAA